AGAGCGGAACUCCCUGCUCGUAGCUCUCGUUUCCGGGGGGAAGCGGAUUUGUGACUGGACAGAGUCUGAGCUGUUUCUGUCAGUGGCGGAGCAGGUUCCCGGCAUGCAGUGCGGUGAGGCGUGCAGCUGUCACUACCAGAACCUUCUGACUAAUUUUCAAGAAUGAACUCAUUAGUGUCCUAUGAUGACUCGGAUUCGGAAGCGGACGAUGGCAGCCGCCCCCUUUCCUCUGAGAUCUCUGAAGCUCCCCCCAAGUAUGUUGUGCAGCAUCGGCCACAAAGCGACACUACUGUGCACCCCACAGAUCUGGGUGCCUUGGCCUCCUCCUCUUUUGGCAAAGACUUCAACCUGAAGGACCAGUACCCUGUGCCCAAUAUAAAUUACAGUUCUACAUACAAGGGACUAGGUAAUUCCGCAAUGAAGGAGGCCAUCCUGCCCGCUCAGAAAAGACCUCCUGCCCGUCACUGAAGGUGGAGUCAAGCCUUACAUCCCCAAAAGACUGAGACAGGAGCAAUCCAAUAUGGUUGCUGAGCUUGAAGCAGGACAUGUCGGUAAGGUCACAUGAUCACAUGGACCACACGACAAGGACUGUCUACCGAGUCUCAGAUUAUCUUGGGCCUCAUUUACCAUUAAAGUACAGCAGCAGUGGGAUUCCUAAAAAAGUGAUAUUUCAGAUGAAGGAGCAUGCCGGGCCGGUGAACCGGGUCCAGUGGUGUCCGGUGAAGCAGUACAGUCAUUUACUACUCUCUGCCUCCAUGGACGGAACGUGCAAGGUGUGGGAUGCAGUGGACUCUGGUAAACCUCUAUGCACGGUCUCAUGCCACCGAGGUGCCGUACGUGAUGCGCAGUGGUCACUCUGCGGCAGGAGGAUCCUCACAGGGGGCUUUGACUCCCUCCUGCAUUUAACAGAUGUAGAAACAGGGAAAGACCUGUUCACUGCAAAGAACGAAUGCAAGAUUAGCGCCGUCCGGUUUCACCCAUGUGAUCCGAAUAUGUUUAUAUGUGCUGGCUUUUCUCCUGCGAUAACGGCCCACGACAUACGGAUGGGUAAGGUGAUCCAUGUGUACAAAGCAGCUGUGCAACAACACUUCGACCUCCUCUUCCUCCCUGAUGGUAAAGAGUUUCUGAGCACCACGGAUUGUGUGAGUCGAGACUCCGCUGACCGCACCAUCAUUGCCUGGGAUUUUGCCACAACUGCCAAAGUCUCCAAUCAGAUAUUUCAUGAACGAUACACCUGUCCAAGCCUCGCCCUGCACCCGAAGGAGAGCGCGUUCGCAGCGCAGACAAAUGGAAACUACAUCGCUUUAUUCUCUACUCAGCGCCCUUACAAAAUGAAUAAGAGGAGAAGGUACGAAGGACACAAGGUGGAAGGAUUUGCCGUGGGAUGCGAGUUCUCUCCGGAUGGAUCCUUUAUCGUAACGGGGAGUUCAGAAGGGAACGUCAUCUUCUACAACUACCAUACUACCAAACUCAUCCGAACUCUCCCCAGCCAUGGGAGUGCCUGCGUAGGCGUCAGUUACCACCGGGUGCUACCAUCACUGCUGGCAACCUGUUAUUGGGACGGACACAUCCAAAUUUGGGAAUAAGCAGCCAUGGACAGAAAUUUUUAUUUAUUUUAUUUGUACAUUUUUUCCUUACUUUUCUAUAGCUUUAAUGUGUUCACAAACUUCCUCCUGUAGGCACCAGAAAUGUGUGUAGUUUUUCAGAUUUUGGGUCCUUUUCCUCCCCUCAUCUGGUUUCUGUACAGCACAUCUUCUUUAUACAUAACUGCUGAGUGGGCAAGGUUUUCGUGGUGUGAUGUCAGACCUGUGCUCUGAGCCUGUAAGAUGUCUCCCAUGGUGCUCCCACCCCUUAUGCCGUUUUAUUGAGAUACUGCAGCUGUAGCCCCCUCCUCUCCCUCUUUUUCUACUUAAUGUUCUACAGCAGGGAUCAGCAACCUCUGGCACUCCAGAUGUUCUGAAACUACAACUCCCAGAAUGCUCCAUUCACUUCUAUGGGAGUUUUCAGAACAGCCAACCAUGUUUGCAUACUGGGAGUUGUAGUUUCACAGCAGCUGGAGUGCCGAAGGUUGGUGACCCCUGUUCUACAGUAAAUGCAUUUCAGUGACUGGGCGCCAAAAGGUGAGGAAGAUGCACUUAUCGCUAUAAUGUAUUGUAUCUAAUGUUGUAAAACAAUUGUAAUAAAGCUUUAAAGGGGUUUUCCCCUUUAAGUGUACUCAAGGUAGGUCCUCAGUAUCAGAUUGAUGGGGAUCUGACGCUCAGCUCUGAUAUUGAUGACCUAUCCUGAGUAUAAGUAAUCAAUAUAUAGAUGCCCAAAAAAAAACGUAAGACCACCUGCACACAGGUGAACAUACAUAAGAUGCGCACAAAUUUCCAUGUGGAUUUAUAUGCGUUUCUGCAGCAUAUCCGCACCAAACAGCGGUUUUUGGUGCAGAUUUGAUGCCGUUUUGCGCAGAUCUCGUCCUUCCAUUGUAAAGGGUGAAAUCCGCAGGUAAAACCGCAAACAUAAUUGACAUGCUGCAGAUUUUGAAACCUGCACAGCAAGUCAUUUUCCGCACGAAAAAUAAAAAUCUUCAGAGUGUACAUGAGAUUCGUGUAAUCUCAUACACUUUGCUGGUAUUAUACUACGCAGCGGGUUUUCUGCACAGGAAUCAGAGCGGAAAAACCCCACGUAUUCCGCAACGCGUGCAGGUGGCCUAAGGGUACGGCCACACAAUCAGGUUUCCUGAUGCAGUUUUUGAAGCCAAAAUCAGGAGGGAAUUCAUAAAAGAGAAGUCGUAUUUGUCCUUCAUACUUUCCUUUUAUGAUCCACUCCUGAUUUUGGGUUUGAAAACUGUAUCGGGAAACCUGACCUUUAGGGCUGUUUCAC